AGUUGUGAAGAAAAAACCAUCGGGAAUCGGCAGGCGGAGCUCCGGCGAGGUGUGGAAGAAUGGAGGAUGAGAUUGGGAACUUGUUGAAAGUGUGGAUUUCGAUAUGGAUCUGUUUGGGGUAUUGCUACGGCGUUGGCAAGAAAAUUGGAGAGGGAUUUACAAGAUUUCUCUUAAUUUUCCCUGUGAUUUGCAUCUUCCUCUACCUUCCCCUGAAACUACACUCCCUCCAUCUCGGCGGUCUCACCGCGUUUUUCGUUGCUUGGCUCGCCAAUUUCAAGCUCCUCCUCUUCGCCGCCGGUCAAGGCCCUCUGGCCACCACCGGGAUGUCUAUCGCUGAAUUCUGCGCAGUGGCUUCCUUCCCCAUCAAAAUUAAGCAAAUCCUGCCUCAAAAAAGCUCAGAACCAGCCGGCAACGGUGGAGCAGCCACCGUAAUUGAUCCAAAAUCCAACCAGAACCACUGCGAAUCGCCAUUUAACUACGCCGUCAAGAUCUUGCUCGUGGCGGCGCUAGUCAAGGCCUAUGACUACACCCACAUUCUCCAUCAGAAGCUCGUCUGGUUCCUCCUCUGUUUCCACAUCUACUUCAUCCUCGACCUCAGCUUCGCCGCCGCCUCUGCCGCCGUUUCCCACGGCGGUACCAUCGAGCUCCUCCCCCUCUUUCACCAUCCCUACCUCUCCACUUCCCUUCAAGACUUCUGGGGACGCCGGUGGAACCUCGCCGUCACCGGAAUCCUCCGUCCCGUCGCAUACCGCCCUGCCGUCUCUACCGCAACGAAACUCAUCGGCCCCCGGUGGGCCCCACUAGCCGGCGUGGCGGCGACAUUCCUGGUGUCGGCGGCGAUGCACGAGUUGAUGUUCUUUUACAUGUCUCGUCAGUGGCCGCCACCGACGUGGGAGGUGGCGGCGUUCUUCGUCCUGCACGGUGGGUGUCUGGCAGUGGAAAUGGUGGCGAAGAGGCUGUGGAUCGAUGCGUGGAAAAUGCCGCCGCUACCGGCAGUGGUGUCAGUGCCCGUGACGGUGGGAUUCUUCUUCUGGACGUGCUUUUGGCUGUUCUUUCCGCCGUUCAUCAACACGUGUAAGGCUGACGUCAGGGUAGUUAAGGAGUACGAGAUCUUUGGCGCGUUUCUGAAGAAUAUAUAUUAUGGAAAUAAAAAUAUAUAUUUAUGGUGAAAUUACAAGUUUGUCCAACAUGAGCCCCAUUUUUUAUUAAUAAAAU